GUGAUUAUAUGGAAUUAUCAUAAAUCGAAUUUACUCCGUACGGGUCUCUUCCUCCCCCCCCUCUUUCCGAACUCAACUGGGCCCUUGGGACUUCAUCAACUCUUCAAUAUCGAUCGCGGGAUCGAAAUCUUACUUUAUUUAACUCUUUGCGCCGUGAUCCCGUUGAUCUGGGUAUUUUUCUUUUUCUUUUUCUUUUUACCCUUUUGUCGAUUAGACUACUAUUUUACUUCGCUCUCUCCCUCGUGCGUCUCAUACUUGGAUUGACAUUUGGCAUUCCCGUCUUUCCUCUCCCCUCUCGCUCUCCCCCCCCUCCUCCCACGCGAGGCCGAGCUUCGACCCAUUUUCACUUCCCCCUAUCCCUUGCGUUGCGAUUCUCUACGAUCGAUCUUGACGCGAAAAAAAAAGAGAGAGAGAGAGAGAGAGAGGGAAAGCCAAUCUAGCUUUCACGCUGUCAUAUUCCCUCGGCUCGCUUUUCUAUUAUUAACGACCGUGGUGCUGCUGCUCUCACUUCUUCACCCUCCCCCUCCCCCCAAGCUUCUCUCUCCGUCUCUCCGGGAAUGUGUCCGGGACUCAGACCAUAAAACAGAUCGUAUAUACUUUGUAUAUACCGUGAUUGGAGAUACUUUCGGCCGUGGACCACGACAAAAAAAGACCGAAACCUUACCAUUCUCCCGAUCGCAUCGGAGUUCAUUCGCGCUCUAGACGCCACCCAAUCUCUCGUCUCCAAAGAUCUUGGGUCGCCUUCGCUUGGACUGUGACGGCAUCGCAUCCCCGAGUUCGCCGCCACCCGGGGACCCUCUUUUUUUUCUUUCCCUUUCUCUCAUCUCUCAAACUGUGGAACGGUCUUCCUGGUGAACGUCGGUCGCACGAGAAACACGUCUCAUCCCGUUGAAUUCAUUCGGCCGGAUCCCGGAUUAUAUUUGGGGGUGGUCCCCAGAUCUUCUCUCUCCUCCACUUCCUCCGGGGUGAAUACCACUUGGAAACCCAUCGGAAUCGUUGAAAGCUCGGAAAUCUUGGAUACGCGAUCGGAUCGGUGCCCGCGCUACGAUCUCUGGUUUUGAAUGAGCUUGGGAACUCUCUCGUGACGGAUCUGCUUCCCCUCCCACCGUCUCCUCCCUUCCGUGUCAACAUCAUACCACCACUCUACUCUUCCUCCCCCUCAGAAACGUGAUGGGGUCUUUGGAAGCCGCGUCCAGGCACAGAGACCCUUUGCCCGCCAUCGGUUUCCUAGGCAAGGACGGUUCGGGGUAUAAUCCCAAACACCACAUCGCCGCUUCUCCCACCCCUCUCCUCAGUCCAAACAACAUGUACGCCGGACAACCACUCCCCUACUCCUACGCGCCCGCCACCAGCGCCCCGUCGCAACCGGGCUACAUCUCACCGCCAGAGUCGCGCCGAAUUCUCGAGGAUGAUAAAGAGAAACCCAGCGGUCGCCAGUCCCUACCCUCCAUCCAUGAGGCCCUGGGCAACGAUAAUCAUCUCCCAUACCCCGCGCCCACCUCCGCGCCACCACCACAACCCGGCCACACCGCACCUCCUCCCUCACAUCUCAUCGGCCGGUCCGGUGCCGAAGGACCUUCAGGACCCCCAAAUCCUUUCUCCAAUGGCCCCGCCACGGGCUCGCUAAUGCGUGAACCGGGCUACCCUGCACACCCGAAUCAGCUCCAGGCCGAUGCCUCGCGCACCAGCCUAGCCACCAUCAACACGCAAGAGUCCCGCAACACGUCGCUGCACUCGCUCAGCACGGGGAAGUCGCCGACACAGAGCGCAAAGACUGGUAUCACCUCGGUUUCUGGUUCGCAAAAUUCUUCCGCCUACGAUUACAGCGCGCCGCCUUCUGCGGGCAGCGUCGCCUCGCCCAAUGGAUACAACCAUUUUACUCCCAACUACUCGUUUCCCCCACAACAACAUCAGCAACAGCCUCCGCCGCCGAACGGCCCGUCAUACCCUCCGGCGCAUUACGACAACCGUACAGCAUACAUGGGCGCGCCGCGGGUGGAAGAGGUCAAGGGUGGAUAUGUGGGCCGUCCAAUGCCGGGACAACCUCAUUCCGACUCGGUAAAGCGACAUCUAGACGUUUAUGAUGUGGAGACGUCAUUGAACGAGAUCUCCGAGCUUAGCACGAGAACGCUGGACUUUUCAAGGCACUAUGCUGCUUUGGCACACCAGACGCAACGGUCUGGACCCGUUCUGGGGUCUCUACCCACGUUGAACGAAGUGGAGGACAUGCUCCACCUCCAGCGCCGAAACCAAGAUGCUUUGAUCCGGAUACGAACGGCCGUGGUGAACCAAGAACAGGCACUAGCGGAGCAAAUGGCGCAGCGAAAGGCGUUCAAGCCCGGGGAAGACGAGCACAUGGCCAUGUACCAAGAGGAGUUCAAGGGUGCCGGUGGAUUUGCCGGGGCGGACUCGAAGAAACGGCGUGGAAAGGCGGCCCCUCCUGGUCGUUGCCACAGCUGUAACCGAGCCGAAACUCCAGAAUGGCGUCGGGGUCCAGAUGGUGCCCGAACGCUGUGUAACGCAUGCGGGCUGCACUAUGCCAAGUUGACACGCAAGAUGGGCGCUAACAAAGCGGCAACCCUGGGAUCGAACCUGAAGCCCAAGACGGUUCUCGACUCCGCAUCGCCAACCAGUCAUUAAGCUUGCUUUUUUUCUCAUGUGGCGUUGGAAAAAGGGUGGACAUAGAAAUGGGGCGGCAAAAAGGAGUUCAGUGUGACCGAUUUAUCCUUGUUUUAUUUUUUUGAUUUUUUUCCCCUUCCUUCCCCUUCUGCUUAUUCUCGAUUCUUUUCCUCCUAUCUCUUCCCUGCCCUAUUUUCCUAAUCUGUUUUGUUAUUAUCGGGGAUCUGAUGAGUGCGAGCUUUGCUCCCCUCCCCUUGACGGCAUACUUUUGUUGUUUUGAAUCGUUUGUGUUUGGUUUCCCAUUGGGAUGGGAGUAUCGUCCUUCCUGAUCGGUCACCGCUAUAUAAUACCCUCGCAGCGUUGGGAGCCCGGCUUCAAAGCAUAGACAUUCUUUUGAUAUCGGAGUCUUGAGGUUUUUCAUUUUCCUGUCAAGACUGUUUGCUCUGUCCUUAUCCCCCCCACUAAUGGCUCUCUUUUUGGUUUCCUGGUUUCUUAUUCUGAUUCCGAUUUUGGGUUCUGCUUCUGGAUUAUACCCUGCAUUGACCUACCGUGUCCAACGAGCCUUACUUCCUGUCUCUUCUUUACCCUUGUGUCUCUGUCUUCCUACGUGUCUCUGAGUACGUUAGCUCCUCCCCUUCUGCCCUCUGAUGUGUGUACGAUCUUGGUUGCUUAGCAUCUCUACGGACUCUUUUGGAUGAAACUUGCUUUUUUAUUACUUGAUUCUGAUCAAUGAUCGCCCACCGGCACUUAUCCGGCCUUGUAAUUGUCUUUUUUUAUG